CCCGCCUACCAUCAGGCUCGACUGCCACCGGAAACGGAAAUCCUCAAUAAGAGUACAGGAAGUUAGGUUUUGUGCGACGAUUGUUGUCAGUGGAUUGGAGCAGUAGCUGUUGUUUGGCGUAGUUAAAAAUCAUGGUUUGCGAAAAGUGUGAGAAGAAGCUUGGAAGAGUUAUCACUCCGGACACCUGGAAGGACGGAGCACGGAAUACCACAGAGAGUGGUGGGCGCAAGCUGAAUGAAAAUAAGGCUCUCACAUUUAAGAAAGCAAGGUUUGACCCGUACGGAAAGUCUCGCUUUGCCACCUGCCGCAUCUGCAAGAGUUCUGUCCACCAGUCGGGGUCAAACUAUUGUCAGGGUUGCGCGUAUAAGAAAGGUAUCUGUGCAAUGUGUGGAAAGAAGGUUCUGGACACCAAAAACUACAAGCAGACCUCUGUGUGAUUAUUCAUUGAUUGCCAUCAUCGCCCCUCUCGGGAUGGGGUGUGUAUUUGCGAGGCGGUCCCCAGUUCCAUCUUCUUGUGCAAGUUCCACUGUGGGCUGUGUGUGUAACACAGCUACGUGUGUGUGUGUGUGUGCUUUGUGCAUGACAGGGUGAAUCUCUGAAAAACCCUUUGAUGUUCAAUCUCUCAGCAGUCAGCACACACCACCACACCAGAGAGCCUGCUGCUCCCUUUCUGUGUAUCUAAAGGUUAUUUCUCACUGUAAUAACUGAAAGAAAAUGUUUGAUAUUUUCUGUCAUUGUAAGUGUGCCAGAGAUAUUCUAGCUCCUAGAUAAGAACCUUGUCUUUUAAAUAGUUGUCGUUUAUCUUUGAAAGCAAUACAUAGGCUUUAACUGUUCUAUGAGAACAUGACGGACUGUGACAAUAAUUGAUACGCAAAUGUUAUAAUGUUAUAGAGACAAUACAUGGCCAUUUUUGUUUAACUAUGCAGGUUUUUUUUUCUUGCUCUCUUAGCCAUGUGCAUUUAUCAGUAGGCUUCACAAAGGAGCACCGCACUUCUAAACAUUUUCCUUUGUCUUUUAAUGCCUAUUUAUUGUGGUCUUAGGAUAUAGGCUGGUCUUAACCGGCUUUGAGGAUUACUCCUGUCGUGGUUGCAGUUAUAAAAUGAACUGUAGAUUAAUUCCCAGUGUGCGCUUAUUUCAUUAAGAUGAUUGCACGCCUCUCCAAACACAGUAGAUUACAUAAUGAACAGCAGGAGUAGAUGCAACUUUCAGAUUUAGAGUUUUAAGGAAAAAGGUCAUGCACUCUACCUUACCUUUUUUAAAGAUGGAGGUUCUGACAUUUAUUAAAUGGCAGUUCAACCCUGAAGCAAAACCAUGGCCCCCAUCUAAGUUUUUAAAUAUGUUUAUCUCUUGGCUAAUGUUUAAGGCAAUCUGCGCCCCCAGAUAAGUGCAUAAAAAUAGGGAAAAAUGCCAAAAGCUACACAUCAAGCAAUAUUAUUUUAGUUAUACUUACAUUUACAAACAUCAGGGAUUUUACUACUAGUCUCUGAAAAGAUUUAAUUUUUUACUUUGGAUCUGAGGGCACUUUAGAUAUGUCAUCACUGCGUGUCUGCAAUACUGUGGGGAGGUUUCGGUGUACAAACGGGUUUGGCUUUGCUUUCACAGAUCACUUUUUAGGCAGUGUUAAAGCUUUUGUUACUUUUACAACUUAUUCCAGUGUGAAUAUGGCAAAUGAUACUGAUUCUAUUCAAUGUAUACCUGAAGUUGGAUUAAAUUAUGUCAUUAACAAUU